AUGUCGGCAAGACAGGCCAUACAAGUUGGCACUAAAACCGUUAAGCCAGUCCUCUCUGUAACUCAGGGAGAGGCGAGGUUGCGAGUGUUGAGUUUGUACAAGGCUUGGUAUCGUCAAAUCCCGUACAUAGUCAAAGAUUUUGAUAUCCCAAAAUCGGAAGAGCAAUGCCGUGCUAAGCUAAAGGAAAUGUUUUUAAGGAACAAGGAUGUGACUGAUAUUAGAGUUAUUGAUAUCCUCGUUAUCAAGGGACAAAUGGAAUUAAAAGAAUCUGUCAACGUCUGGAAGCAAAAGGGACACAUAAUGGCAUAUUUCAAGCCUACCGAAGAACCUAAACCAAAAGAUUUCCUUUCAAAGUUCUUCUCGGGAGUUGAAUGA